UCCUUCGGAGUGUUGCCUAUGGGAGGUAACCUAUGCAGGGUUCCAUUGCUUUGUGGUUAACAUCAAUCUCUCUUAGGAGAGACGCCACUUCAACCAUCUACCUCAUGUAGUUCCUAUUAUGACAUCACUUACUGGACAUCUGGCAGAUAAUCUCCACAUACCACUUUGAUGUUGGCAUAUUGACAGCGAGGCUUGUUACUGCACGUGCAGUUCUUUUCAGAAUCCUCUCAAGAAUGAAAGGGAAGCGCUCAGUGCGAAGAAGUCUAGAACAACCACCACAAGUCUUUCAAGAUAACUCAAAUGUUUGUGACAGUAUUUCCAGUGGGUCAACAGGAUCAGGCGGGAUGCAGUCAAACAGCUGGUACUUGCGCAAUUCCAUGGGAAAUUGCCCCAGAAGCUCUACUACCUCCUCUAGCCAAAUGACUUCAAGUGCUGAAGAGAGGCAAGAAAAUGAGGGAGAUUCAUCGGACAGAGGACAAAUGAUGUUUGCCAGAGAAGUUAUUGCGAGGGAGACCUCUAGCACCUUGUCAGCUGGCUCAUCUUGCAUCUCUCAAAAGAGUGUGUUAAGAUCGAUAUGCAACAUUCCCAGCUUUAUGAUAGUUACUAUUAUCUGCCUCCUAGAAUCUCUCUUAAAAGCCUGUAUCUAUGUAAGAGACCAAAUCACUAUGACGAACUUCAAGAAAGCUCUAAAGUUCUUGUCAAUAGCAGUCCCAAUCGUUUGUGCUGCUAUUUACUGCUCAUGUCUGUGCAUGAAAUUUUCAGACGGUCUGUCAUCAAAGGAGCUGGCACAACGAUAUGAAACUGAGCUGAAAUCAUUGUGGAAGUCCCAAAAUUUGCUCGAAGAACAAAUCAAUGAAAUCCAAGGCCUUAAAAAGGAGACGGAUCGACUGCGUGCUGAGAUCAAUAGCAUCAAUGAAGGCAUCAUGCGGUCUGUAAAGGAAAUCCUCGAGGAGAGUGACAUCCCGGGAGAGAACAAAGAUCAAGUGCUCGCAAUGACCAAUUUGGCUGUUAAGAAGAUUUACGAGGAUCAUGUACAAAUGGCUGAUUGGGCUCAAAAAACAAUAGGAGCUACCAUAGAUAAAGACAGGACAUCUAACAGUUAUGAACCUGAGAAUUUGAAGAACUGCUGGUUUCGAUCAUUGUUUGUGUCUUCAGCAAAUCCUCCUGAUACUAUUCUACAGCCAGAUGUUUAUCCUGGAAACUGUUGGGCUUUUCAAGGCUCUGAGGGCCAAGUGGUAAUUAAUCUGCCUGAAAAAAUCCAGCCGACUGCUAUUACAGUUCAGCAUAUCUCCAAAGCAAUCUCUCCUUCCAAAGGCGUCAGCAGUGCCUUGAAGGACUUCUUGGUUUUUGGACUAGAGGAUGAAACACGAGAAGAAACUCUACUUGGAAAAUUCAUGUAUGACAUUGAGAAAGAAGCCAUUCAGACCUUCCAACUAAAGAACGAGUAUUCAAAACAGUUUCUGCAUGUAAAAUUCAAGGUGCAGAGCAAUUGGGGCAACUCAGAGUUCACCUGCAUUUAUCGAGUCAGGGUGCAUGGGAAGAUGGUCAACAACUUGCCCAUUGGAUGAAGGCUGGGGGUGAAAAUCUUGCAAGAUGAAUAAAGGAAAACAGGAAUGUUACUGCCCAUCACACUGAGUAAACUGUAA